CAAAAUUUUAUGACACCGCUUGCAUUUGAGAAACAGUUAGCCUCGAAUCCACGCCGAUUAAAAUACUCGGCGUGGGAUUCGAGGCUAAGAAACAGUAUGAUUGUGUUUGUUCUGCUGACGAUUUUUCCCUUUAUUUCAAUAUUGACGAUCUGUACCGUAAUACAUUUUUUUUAAACUAAGAAGAUGAACCACGAGUUUGAAGUGCACCACCUCGUCUCUCAGUUGGUGGCGCUGCUCAAAGCUCAGGACAGAGCCAAUGUUGACUCUUCUGUGGAGCUACUCCUUAAGAACAGGACCCCCUACAUCACUGCACAGCUACAGGAGAGUUCAUAUGCAUCCAAGCGUAAACUAGCAGAGUUUUCAAGUCAAGGAGAACAAUUUCUCUCUAAGUAUGAGGAGCUCAAGAUUAAGCAGACACGAGACCUCAACCCGCUAGUGUACUUACUCUCCAAGGUAGCCGAUGAUGGGGAGUUGUGUGGCUUCCUACGAGAGACACGUCCCCCUCCCAUUGCUAAGGGCGACCAGCGACGAGAGGUGGGUGGUGACGGUGUGAAGGUGUUGAACUUAGUAGAGGGGGCGGAGGUCGAUCUGCCAGAGAAAGGUGCUGUACUCACAGAGAAGGAACUGGAUGAAUUGCGUGGUAGACUAGAAACAGUUGCCUCUACCAUGACGGAGAGGGGGAAACCAAAAGUCCCCUCACCACCCUCACACUAUCCACCUCUACCAUCGUGGACACACGAGCGGCCAUUCCUCACACGAGACUUUGUCGCCAUGGUUACUCCAAAAGGGGGUGUGGCACUUGGCUCGUUGCCGGUAGCAAUGCAGCAACAUGCUAUACUAGACGACCUACUGAGUGUUCUAGUGGGAAUGGAUGGAAGGUAUAUCCACCCUGAGCCCCUCACAGGAGGUACAUACCGUGCCUUCAGUGUAGACCCAGCACUGGACCCCUCCCUCCACACUCUGGUUAGCCGCACCCUCCCACUAGCAUCACACUACUCUAUAGUGGGACGCUUCAUUGAGGAGGGGUCAAAGUUCAUCCACGGUAUGGUCAACCAGGGCCUAUCCUCGGCAGUUCGUGGGCUCCUCAAAGAGUAUUUGGUAGUAAUAGCUCAGUUAGAGUCUCAGCAAUCCAGCAACCAGCUCACACUACAGAAGCUGUGGUACUAUCUACAGCCGUGUAUGAAGACACUGGAUAUACUGGCUAGAGUGUGUGUAGCUGUGAUCAGUGGGCGGUGUAGAGGGGGGAAAACCCUCACCACAUUGCAUAACCUCACUGUCGGCUAUAUUGGAGACCAGAGGAGUCAGGAGAUAUGUCUCCAUGUCACUCAAGCGGCUAGUCUGUCGUACCUGGUCAUGCUGGAGGAGUGGGUGUAUCAGGGGGUGGUCAAUGACCCCUACUCAGAGUUCAUGAUAACACAACACGAGUCCUUCAAGAAAGACAGACUCCAUGAUGAGUACAAUGAUGCCUACUGGGAGAGAAGAUACACAGUGGCACAGGAUAAUAUUCCAUCAUUUCUGGAGCACUUGGCUGAGCGUAUUCUCCAGACUGGCAAGUACCUCAAUGUGGUGCGUGAGUGUGGGCUGGAGGUGGCCUGUCCUGGAGCUAAAGCAAUACGCUACAGUGUCCAGGAGCGUACCUAUGUGGAGCAGAUAGAGACUGCCUACACUUACGCUAGUCAAGAGCUGCUACAACUCAUGAUACGUGAUCACGACCUCCUUGGUCAUCUCCACUCCAUGAAGCAUUGCUUCUUGUUGGAUCAGGGGGACCUUAUAGUGCACUUCAUGGAUAUGGCAGAGGGGGAACUCAGCAAACCAAUGGCUGACAUACUACCACAGAGACUGGAGUCACUCCUGGAGCUUGCCGUGAGGACCAGUCUCCUUGACAACGACCCCUACAAGGAUAAACUCCUCCCACUUUUGGUGCCCUUUGACCUUGUCACACAGCUCCUCUACAUCUUGGCCAUACAACCAGAGGGGGUGGAGACUACGGGGGAUGAAACUCCGCCCCUUAUCUUACGACCGGACCCAAGCACGCGAGGAUUGAGUGGGUUGGAAGCUUUUAGCCUCGAUUACCGUGUUGGUUGGCCACUAUCGUUGGUCAUUAGUCGCAAGUGUUUGUUCAAGUAUCAGAUGCUGUUUCGCCAUCUCUUCUCUUGUAAGCACGUAGAGAGGCAACUUGGAGCUAGCUGGAGUAGACACAAGCAAGCCAAGGCACAGCCUCUGUUAGCCAGACCAUGGUACGCCUCAUCGUACGCCCUGCUCCAGAGAAUGCUCCACUUUGUACAAAACCUCCAGUACUACAUGACCUUCGAGGUACUAGAGCCUAACUGGGUCCUACUAGAGAAGAACCUCCGCUCUGUACACACCAUUGAUGAUGUCCUCACUGCACACAAUGAUUUCCUGGAUCGUAGUCUACGCGACUGUCUACUCAGUGACAAGGAAGUACUAAAGAUCAUCAGUCGACUGCUGGUUGUGUGUGAGCAUUUCACUGACUACCUCCGAGAGGCUGACAUGACACAAGAGCAGCACAAGGGGAAAAUGAGUCUCACUCAAUUGGAGAUAACAAAGAGAAGAACAAAGUCUCUCUCUGGUGUUGCUAGGCUACCGAGUGGGGAGGUGUUGGAGGGCGGGGCAGAUCCACACAAACUACGAAGUCGAUUAUUAUCAAGUGAGCUAGAGGAUCUGCCGAUGGGUUCAUUUGAGGUUAACAUAUCACGCCUGGACGAUGCCUUCACACGAGACCUGGUGGGACUGUUGGAUAAGCUGUACGAGUUCAGAGGUCAAACUGUGGGGGGUAUGGUGUCACGCCUGGACUUCAAUGGCUUCUAUCAAGGCCGCAUGACAUCACGCGACAUCACCUGAACACUGAACACUCCCAUUAAUAUUUAAUUGUAUAAUUAUGCCUACCACAUAAUAUAAUUAUGUCAUGCUAUAUAAUUAUAUGCGUGUUUAUUGUCCAUUU